GAAUACAAAGUUCCCUUUCAGGAAGGUAUACGUACUUGGGGGGGAAAAUGGUCCAAUCAUGCCAACUAGGUUAUUAAAUAAGGAGGUGCUCAGGGAAUGGGCACUAACUAUAUAACAGGAGAAAGUCUCUAAGGAAGGAUAGGAGCAAAGUACAGAAGACUCACUCAUCCAGAGAACUGUCAUGUCUGCCACUGAGUACAUUAAGUACCACGGUCUCCUCCUGCCCCCGAAGGCCCACACCACGGAGAGCUUGGAGUACGCCCAAAAUUUCUGUGUGGAAGACACUGAUGUGUUUGCCAUCACUUAUCCGAAGUCAGGUACAAUCUGGAUGCAGGAGAUCCUCCCACUGGUGCUGAAUGGGGGGGAUCUGACCCCCAUCCAUACCAUUCCUAACUGGGAGAGAGUCCCAUGGCUGGAAGAGAAACAACUGGCACGGGUGGUGGAUAAGCUGGCAUCUCCACGGGCACUGGUCUCACAUCUUCCCUACAGCCUCAUGCCCCCUUCCUUCUGUACCUCCAAAGCAAAGGUGAUCUACGUCAUGAGGAACCCAAAGGACAUCAUGGUGUCUUCGUACUACUUCCACCAGAUGGCCGGCUGCCUUGAGGAUCCAGGAACCUUUGAAGAGUUCAUGGAUAAAUUUCUUGAGGGCAAAGUGAUGUUUGGAAAAUGGACAGACCACGUAAAGAGCUGGAGAAACAGUGAACUAGGAGACAGAAUAAUGUACAUUACCUAUGAAGAAAUGGUUGAGGACCUGCCUGCAUCUCUCAGGCAUAUCUCCGAUUUUCUGGGCUGUAAUCUGACUGAGGAAGUCAUUCAGAAGAUAGCAGAGCAUUGUUCUUUCAAGAGUAUGCAGAACAACAACAUGUCCAACUUCAGUCUAAUGCCCAAGGUGUGCAUGGACAGUGACAAGUCUCCUUUUCUAAGAAAAGGUAUUGCUGGAGACUGGAAAAACCACUUCAGCUCAGAGCAACUGGCCCGAUUCACCUCUGUGAUUUCCAAAGAGCUGGAAGGUGAGAGCUUCCCUCUGCCAUGGAGCCUGGAUUGACCACCAUAGAGAUCAGGAGUGGCAAAAAUCCUGGCCUGUUAUUUCAGAGCAAGUAAUUCAUGCUAACUGAGCCAAUGUUCUUAAACUUAUUUAUGGUUUCAAUAUUAGGAACAUGAGUAAAUAGCAUUAGAAAUAGCAAUGUUUAUUCAUCUGUCUUCUAAUCCAAUUAAACCAGGAUUCAGAAGCCUCACAGAGUCCAUUAAAGUUCUCAUGACUGGCAUGCUUUAAAUUAAAUGGAGACUAUUUAUAGAUACAGAUAAAACUAGCUUGACAAAAUAUUUAGUGUAUCCUGAUAUAAAUCUGAAGCCACAAGCGCUGGACAUUAAAGAUUGUACAAUUUGUGCUGAUAAGGAAAUACUGCUGCAACAUUUGAAUUCCUCACAAAUUAAAGUGAGAUUUUUAUACCUCUAUACUGCUGUUUUUAUUUUAUUUCCAGUUCACAUAAUAUGCUGAAAUCUGUCUUUUUUUAGUAAGCACUUUUUAACUUAUUUUAUCUCUAAUAAUUAUUUACGUCUUCAUUAUUGUAAUAUGUUAUUUUUUGCCUGUGGGAAUGGAUUAACUACUUCAGAUUUUACUUUGAAAGUCAUCAAAAAUUAUAAUUUGCCCAGUGAGUCUAAACUCAUGCACUAAAAUGUACUAUGUGAAUACUUAAUGUCUGUAACUUUGGUAUUUUCUAAUCAUAAAAUACAGGUUAUCACCUGUUUGUAUA